ACAUCAGAGGCGCAGCUUCCAGAGAAGAGCUGAUUUCUUGUAGAGUGUUGAGACGAGCCGAGCGCAGGUCGGGAAAACUUUAACUCUGUAUCCCACCGGGCCCGUCUGAGUCCCGUCUGCCCCGGUAACGCGGCCUCCUGCUCUGGAUUAUUAUUAUUAACAAUAAUAUCUUUUUAUUAUCGAUAUGCAGCUUUGAGAAGAGGAGCUCUUUCUGCGUCUUCGUGUUAUUUCUGCGCCCUUCUUUAGUGCUGAGGACAGUUUCCGGACUGCAGCUCUUUGUGUUUUGGGGAUUAUUUGCUCCGCAUCUGUUGGGAUUUAUCUUUUCUACAUAAACUUGUCACCGUUAGAGCCCCUGCAGCAGCCCCAGCCGUAACAUGGGCACACUCAAACAACAAGGGGACCGGUCCGGAAGUAGAUGGGCAUGACUUAGGCUCCCCAUUUGGUUAUUAUAAUAUCUCCAAACAACUCUUAUCCCAAAAAUCUGCCUGCUCACAGCUGAAACCAAAGGGUGAAGUCUUCGUUUUCAGGCAGAAGUUGAGCUCCGCGCUCGAGUUCAACAGGGCCACUUCCUGAUGAUGACCGUAAACAUGGAUGACGGUCUUUACAAUGGACCUGGACAGCACAGGAGCACACAAGAUGACGAGGAGGCACUUAACUCCAUCAUGAAGGACCUGGCGGCUUUGGGCCGCUACUCCAGCCAGCAUAGCAUCCACAAGCCCAAGAGCAGAACUCUACUCUAUAAACAGGAUUUAAGAGUCAAGCUGGAGCAUGAGAGAGAGAAACGAAUCAUCCCGUUUCAGAGGCCGCUGAAGAUCCGGGAGCUGCUGCAGAAAGUGACAGAGGCCUUUGGCCAGCACAUGGACAUGUACUUCACGGAAAAGGAGCUGCUGCUGCCCCUGAAGACCCAGGAGGACCUGGAUCAGGCCGUGCUGAGUCUGGGCUGCACCUCUGGAGCUAACGGGCUGCUCCGGAUCCUGCUGAAGACCCCCAAAAACAACCACUAUCUACAGGUGAACAGCAGGGACAAACAGAGCGAGAUGAAGUCCUCGCGCUCGUUAGGCGACUUGAAGGGCUCGUUGUUCAAAGGCUCGGAGAGGGUGCGCAAACACUCCACAGGUUCCCUCCACACGGGCCGGACGUCUCCACCUCCAGGCAGCGUCCCAGAGGAGCAGCAGCAGAUCGCCCGUCAGGGCUCCUACACCAGCAUCCACAGCGAGGGGGAGUUCAUCCCGGAAGCCCCAGACCAGAAUAUUCUGGAUCCCUUCGGGAGUGCAGACAACUCGCUGUCGAGCAGCUGUCAGUCAAUAGAUCAAGCACUGGACAGUCCUCCCUUCUCACAGAACAACUGGGACAACAAUUACCUGAACCUCAACUAUGAAUGCAAAGGUCGACAUGGGAAAGGAGGGACUUUCCCACGCCAGUUCCAGUUACCCAAUCGCAGCAAGGAGUAUGGAGAUCGUCGCAGGACGCUUCCGCGCAGCUUCAUGCCUCAGGAGAACCUCUUCCAGCUGGUUCCAUCCAGUCGCACGCGCAGCUACAACGGUGACAGCACGCUGCCGUACAGCGACGUCCGCUCGCUGGGCCGCACGGCGGACAAAAGCUGCCAGCGUGGCACGGCCAAAUCACCACGGGCGCCAGUCAACUGGCGUCAGGGAAAACUCCUAGGGCGAGGGGCGUUUGGGGAGGUCUACCUCUGUUACGACGCCGACACGGGCCGCGAGCUGGCCGCCAAGCAGGUGCCCUUUGAUCCCGACUGUCAGGAAACAAGCAAGGAGGUGAACGCUCUGGAGUGUGAGAUUCAGCUGCUAAAGAAUCUGCGACACGAGAGGAUUGUUCAGUAUUAUGGGUGUCUGCGGGACCUGGACCAGAGAAGGCUCACCAUUUUUGUUGAGUUCAUGCCUGGGGGCUCAAUAAAGGACCAACUCAAGGCCUACGGGGCUCUGACGGAGAAGGUGACAAGAAGAUACACCAGGCAGAUCCUUCAGGGAGUCUCCUACCUGCACAGCAACAUGAUUGUACACCGAGACAUCAAAGGUGCUAACAUCCUCAGAGACUCCUCAGGAAACGUGAAGCUCGGAGAUUUCGGAGCCAGCAAACGGAUCCAGACCAUCUGCAUGUCUGGGACGGGGAUCAAGUCUGUCACUGGCACCCCCUACUGGAUGAGCCCCGAGGUCAUCAACGGGGAGGGAUACGGCCGCAAAGCUGACGUGUGGAGCGUUGCCUGCACCGUCGUUGAGAUGUUGACUCAGAAACCUCCGUGGGCCGAGUUUGAAGCCAUGGCAGCCAUUUUUAAGAUCGCUACCCAGCCCACGAAGCCUCUACUCCCGGAGAGCGUGUCCGACGCGUGCAGGGACUUCCUGCGGCAGGUAUUUGUGGAGGAGAAGUGGCGGCCCACGGCAGACUUCCUGCUCAGCCACCCAUUCGUCCAAGGCAGCUUUUGAAGCCUGUGGACGCCCCGUCCUCGUCCCCUUCUCGGUGGCCUCCUUCUGCCCCAUCCCAUGGCUCAGCAACACUCCACCUCCCCGCUCUGAAUUGAGGAACCCUUCAUCUCUCACUGACUAGCUGAUCCCAGACUAUUUCCCGAGAGGCCGGGUCAGAACUCCCGAGUUUCCCAAGGUGUUCCUGACAGGAAGUAGUAUCACAUGCUCCAAGCUGCUGUCCCACAGCAAGAAAAAAGGAGCCCGUCAGCUUUCUGGUUCCCUCUUUAUGCCUGUGUACUAUCCCCAGAGAGAAUGGACUCUGUGACUGCCCGGUGACAUCACUCACUUAUGACAGGACUGUACGGAAGCCUAAGAGUGCUGCGGGUGAGACAAAAACAGACAACUAUUUUUAUAUGACAUGCAGCGAUCCUAGCCGCUGAGAUUUCUACUGUCGUCUUAAUAAAACUGUAAAUGUAUUUUUGCCUUACAACAAGAAAUUGUAAAGUAUGAAUGUGUUUUUUUUUCUAACAUCUUAAAGGGAUCCUUCCUCCACGGCACCCCCACUUCAGAAGGAUCGUUGCACUUUUGAUAUCACGCUUUGAAUCGAGGAGAUAUUUUUCUAUUUGAUGCUUCUUUUUUAGAACGUCAACGUGUAAAGAAAAAACCAAACUUCUGCAUCGGUGUGCGAUGUCUCUGAAGCAAUACUGCUGUUAAAACGUUAUUCCAUCUUCCCACCCGGGGGAGUCUUGUUCUGUUUUAAAGUGGCCAAAGAAAACACAGAGACAUAAAACUUGCAGUAUUAAUCACGUUGGACUUUUUAUUUUGUUUGUUUUGUCACCUUCGGCCUUCUCUAGCUUUGUGCACUUUAGCCUGCGCAAACCAAAUCCGGUGCAUGGAAGCAGAAGGAAGGAUGUGUUUCGGUAGGAGUUCAGGGCGAACCCCUCUCACCUCAUGCCUUCAUUUAGCUUCUCUUCCUUUGUGAUAUUGGAACGAAACACUGUCUUCUCCAAGGUGGAGGAGAGAUCAAAGUCGGGCUGGAUCGGUGUUGGACGUGUAGCUGUAAUACAGAUCAAAUCGUUUCGGACUCUUUGUCGGUGCCUUAUCUUGUUCUUGUCUUAGACACAAACUCACUGCCAAAGCGGAGAGCUUCCCAAAACAACGAGCAGCUGUUCGGUUAAGAGCACACCCAGGAUUUUCUGCUGUUCUCUUACAUGGACGACAACUAUACUGUACAUACAUUACGUUCUGCACUUUUAUACGAAAUGUCUUUUACAUUAUAAGCAACCGUGCUUGAUGAAUACCGUCUAUGUUAUACUGUAGACGGCUAAUUUUAUUUUUUUUUACAUGUAUGAUCGUCUGUUUGAGAGCCGACUGGCGUUAUGAAAAGACCAGGAGGCUUUAGACCGGGACAGAGUUUGUUUUUGUCUUCAUGACAAAGCCUUGAAACAUGAAAUGUAUCAAGUCAUUGAUCUUUUGUACAUUUAACUUAAUAAAUCAAAGGUCUAAGACUGUU